GAUGGACGGACGACCCCCCACUCAAGACAAGCGGAUCUCCCCCAGACCUCUCCCCACCCCCCAGGGACAGACGGAUGCCCCUGCGGAGCACAGCGCCCCAGCGGGACCUCAGCCUCCCUGCCCCACCCAGCACCUCCGGGCAGCGGCUGGAGGGGACGGACAGACGGGCACUGGCUGCCCCCAGCCGAAGCAUCCAGCCGGUGCUUAAGGUGGAAGCGGCCAGGGCCCUGCCAGGUGCUGCGCAGAGGUGGGUGCUGGCCCCGGGGCUGGGGGGGCUCUUCUGCCCCGCUGGCCCCUUGUGCCUGGCGCAGGCAGGGGCAGGUUUGGGCCUGGGCUCUGCCCGCCCUCCCCCCAGCGCAGCCCUGAUCCUGCCCCCUCCCGGGCCCCUCGUGCCUCCCGCCAGGAUUGUUGGUGCCACAGAGAAGCCACAGGCUCAGGAUCCGCUGCCCCCUCCCGCAGCACCCCAGUGCCCAGACAUGGGGGUCUGCUCCCACCCUCCUCAACCCUCCAGGCCUGGAGCAGCUACCCUCCCUGCGCUGGGGCAGCUCAGACCAUGCCUGCUCCCCGAGGGCAGCCCCCAGUGCCAAAACGCAGCCGCCUCUGGGGUGGGGCUGGCAGCCAGGGAACCCGCACCGGGCGAAGCUGCCGUGCCCUGGAGACGGGGAGUGAGGGAUGUGGCCAGGGCCAGGGGGGAGGAUGGCAGGCUCCACCUUAAGAGCUCCCUCACCCGGGGCCAGGCUCCCUGGCAGGGCCCCCCUCCGGAGCCAGUGCCCGCUGAUUCACUGGGUGGUGCUGGGAUGGGCCCAAUGCCAGGCAGGGCCGUCCUGGGGCCUGCAGCCAGCCCCUGCGCGGAGGGCAGCUGGCUCUGCUGCGCCCUUCGUGCUGGAGCUGGGAGCCGCGGUGCCAAGGCCGGAGGCAGGCUGGCAGUGGCAGCACUCGGGUCCACGUGUGCGGGCAUCCCCCUGCCGGUGCAAGAGCCUUUGCUGGGAACCCCCUGCUCUGCAGCACCCCGCUGGCAGCAAGGACCGCACCAUACCCGCCCGGCCAGGCGGCAUGGCGUGGCCUGCCCCCGCCUCGCGGAGCCCUGCCGGGAGAUGGCGCGGCCUGGACUGACCCGUGCUGGAAGGCGCUCAUCCUGGGAGGCCCCGGUGCCGCCCAGCGGCCGUGACGGGCUGCAGCCAGCGCGCCCCCUGCACUGCUGGGACCUCGCAUGGCAUCUGCAGGGAGGUGGCGCCGGUGGCACCGGAGCCUCGACGGAGCACGUGAGGCCUGAGGGCCCUGAGGAGCCACCUGCCCUGCUGCUGCGCCCGACCCUCCGCCUGCUGCGGUGCCACCGGCCUCCCCAGGGCCCCGGAGCCCGCAGCCCGGCUGUGCCCCUUGCAGGGGCUGGAGCCCCAACACCGAGCACCUCGUGCCACCUGCUGCCCUCGCCCCUCUGCAGCUCCUCCCUCAAUAAAGCCGCUUUAUCGGUUGGUUUGAGCCUGUCUGCAGGGCUUUCCUGGGGCGGGCCCUGCCCGAUGAGCCACUGUGCCAAGUGCACGGAUCCAAAUAACGGACUGGAAUUUGGGCUGGGACUACAGCUACCAGUCCUCCUUGGGCCACCUCCUGGACAUCUCUGCACAGAUGGCAAGUAAAUCAGUGCCUGGCACGGCCACAGCGGUCUUUGGACCAGAUGAAAACAUGGUCGAGGCUGUCCCGGAGAGUCCCCCGGUGCCACAGAGGCGUGGCGUGGGGUGGCCCAAGGAGAAUUUCUGGCGCUAAUCCCAGCCCAAAAGGAAUUUCUUAGUUGAGCCAUUAUACUUGGUGCGGGGGGCAUGGGGGCUGCACUUAGCAGCAUGGCACGGGCUGCGCAGGACUCUGGUCUGGGGAGUCCAGCGGUGCCACGGAGGCAUGGCGCGGGGUGGCCAAGAAGGAUUUCCACCUCUAAUCCAGCCCCAAAACGGCUCCUUAUUCAAGCCAUUGUAUUUAGUACAGUCGCUGGGGGGAGGAGGGGGGCUUUGCGCCGACAGCGUGGCAGAGCCAAACCGCGCUUCGGGCCGGACAGCACGCUGGGAGCGUCGCGGGGGCGUGGGGUGCCCCAACAAGGACUCCCAUCUCUAACCCCAGCCCAAAAACCAGCUCCCUGCUCGAGUCGUACGGAGCACAGCGGCCAGGGGUGUCAGGGCACGCAAAACCGGGAAAGAGGCACGGCAUGGCGUGGUGUGGCGUGGCCCAAGAAGGAUUCCUGUCUCUCAUCCCAGCCCAAACUCCAGUUCUGUCUUGGGCCCGUGUGCUCGGCGCGGCGUCAGGCGGGUGUCUGGUGGCAGCCUGGCACGGCCACAGGUCUGCGGUGGGUCGGGCUGCUCGGGGCGGCCCCCCAGGGAAGCCUGGGGCGGCCCAGGAAGGUUUGGCCCCAUAAACCCAUGCUAACCUGACCGGGUUUAGGGCUCUACUCGC